AUGAAGGGCCGAUUCAUCGUCAACCCCUUCCAAGAGCUCAACUUGACCGCCGCCGAUCGAACCUCCCUCGAAGACCUGGCUAACCAAUGCAUCACCACCAACCUCCAGCUCUGCAUGAAGUACAUGUCGGGCUCAAAGCGUUCGGUCGACCCGCACCACUGGAAGCCGUUGAAGGAGAAGGAGAAGCUUAAGGUCUACACCGAACGCCCCGAGGGAGCCGCGUCCGCGAUUGCGUCCGGUAACGGUCCCACAGGCUCCGGACUACCUAUGAUCCUGUGCGUCGGCACCAUGGAAGGCAAGCUGGAAGACCUUAUGUUCGGAGUCAUCAGCGAAGACCUUGAGACGAUGCGCGUCAAGGCCUCGUACGUCGAGGAUUUCAGUGGCGCGGCUGUGCUGGAUUCCGUCGUGAUGCCAACGCUCGAGGACCCGUUCCAGUCGCUCGUGAUCAAGUGGAUGGAGCUCGAUAUCCCCUUCCACUCGACUAGUCUGGUCAAGAACCGCGAUUACGUCUACCUCGAGGGAACGGGCUACAUCACCACUCCGCAGGGCGAGCGCAUGGGCUAUCACUUGCUACACUCCGUCAACUUCCCACAGACUCACGCGCUGCCGAACCGUGUUCGCGGUAACCUCUCCAUCGUCGGCUUUUGGCGACAGAUCGGCCCGAAUAACAUGGAGAUGUACGCGACUGGAGUUAUGGACCCGGUUGACUCUGGCUUGGUGCGUAGGCUGGUGAUCCCGAACAUGGCGAAUGUGUUCCUGUCCACGUUGAAGUACGCGUACUGCGGUCAGAUGCGUAAGUUGUCGUUCAUGCUGGACAAGGCUUACACCGACUCGAAGCUGCACGGCGCUCCGAACAAGAAGAGCGUCUGUGUCACCUGUUCGGCACCGAUCUCGGGGCGGAAGCUUGGGGACUUCGGCAAGAGCAACAGCACGUGCAAGUUGUGCUUCGGGUUUGUGUGUCACGCGUGUAAGAUCAGCCGGAAGCUGAGCUUCGUUGACCCGGACAUGCUGCUGUCGCAGCGGAAGGUGACGUUCUGCACGGCGUGCAUCAGCUCCGUCACUAGUGUCAGCUCUGUGGACUGCGCGAAGGCGUUGCUGCUCAAGAACCACAGGGCCACCCACUAUAGUUUCGAGCAAACGCUUUCGUCCGAAGGCAGCGGCGAGUAUUCCUACGCGAGCACGCAGUAG